AUUUCUUCAGUCGCACUCGAGCCAGGGAAGCGAUAGGAUAGUCGGAGUCACUCUCAGAAUCAUAACCCAACGCUUGGCUGAGCAAAAGUGGUUGGUUCGUCGGUACUGCAGAAAGUUGAGAAUAGGCACGAUUUUUGUGCCUGCAGUGAAAGAAAAUGGAUCUCGGCUAAAAAAAGAGACCAAGCCACACAAUAUGUACGUUCACUCGGAAUAAAUUGGACUUGAUGAUAAAAGGAUCGAAGACCAAAAAUGUACCCUAAAUGUACCCCUACUCUUACUUUUUGACCAAUAUUAACUAUGCUGGGGCACAGUUGUUAUCUUACAUCAUGACAAGACGAGUACACACUUUGGCAUUAUUGGAGUGGACAAGGAAGCGGAAACUGUACAUCAUUUAACUUUGAUAUGGCUGCCGGUUUUAUAUGUCGUUAAGAUGAUGAGGCUGUACUAAUUUGAGGGAAUUACUAGUUAGUGGUCAUCAGUUCACAGCCAUCCAUCCGCUAAAAUUCUGGAAAUUGACAUGUUCAGAAUUAAGAAAUCGAUGUGAAAAGUGAAAAGUGCGUGACAAGUAGCUACCUAAAUAUCUGUAUAUAUACGAGUUGGAUUUGAUAAUGACGGUAAUAUCGAUGAGGUGCCUUUGCGUGUUGGUGGUGAUCUGCAUGAGCGGCAGCAUUGUCCUGUCGGUGGAGAGACCAAGCCAUGGCGAAAACUUAUUGCUCAAGGAGAGCGUGGUGAGGACCAAUAAUGGCGUAAUGGUCAUGAGGUUGUCACCAAGACAGACAGUUUUAUCUCUGAAAAAUGAGAAAUUCAUCAAUAGUAAUGGGGUGGUGACAGGUGUUGAUCAUUAUCGUGAUGGUGAUGAUGGCCACGGUUUAAAUUAUGGCUCAAAAACGAGGCGUCAUAAUGCCAAGCCAGCCAUCAUUUUUGCAAGAACACCAUCUCGCAAAUCCACUAGCACCAUCACCUCCUCUUCGGAUAGUAAAGAUGAUGAUGACGACGCUCCACUUGAAAAUCAGACCGAAACCGAGACGAAUCCUACUGACUAUUCUUCUGCUGCCUCUUCUGUUCAAAACCAUGACGAAUCCCAACAACAGUUUGGCUCCUCCGAAGUAAACAUCUCUGCUGACUUUGACAAUGAAAAUGAAAGUCGAUUAUCCAAAUCUGCCUCUUUUUUAAGAAAUACAACUGGCAGUGUUGAACGAAGUGGUGGCGUUAAUAAGAGGAACAAGAGGCCAGAACUCGGUCAGGUUUGGUCCUCCAAAGAGGAUACGAGUAACAAGUCGACAGAAGAGAAUGAUCUGCAGACGCUGAUUGCAGGUUUUCUUAAACGGGAGAUUUGGACGAUCCCUCUUUUCGUCUUUGCCUCCCUGAACAUCGUCCUCAUCACGUUUUUCGAAAUUUAUGUCCUCUGCAGAACGAAGGGCCAGUCCAGGGGACAUCUCUUCCUCGGCCAGAUGCUCCUCUUUGGGCUCUUCCUUUGCUCCACGUUGGCCCUCUUCUUUGCCAUCUAUCCCUCCAUGAUGAUAUGUUUCGUCUUUCGAAUCGGGAUCGGACUCUCGUACAGUUUGGUCUUUUCUGUGCUCAUGGUCAAGUGUAUGUUUCUCCUCUGCCUGGACGUGGGCGUCUAUCUGCCCACCAUGUACCAAGGCUCCCUCCUCUUCUUCUCCGUGCUCGUCCAAAUUGUCCUGGACACGCAGUGGACAAUGUUGUUCCCACCUGUGUUCCAGGAGACGGAGUUGAUAAGAGAGGAUUCCGUAUUCCUCCAGUGUGGGACUUCUUACUCGUUGUUACUCUGCUCAAUGUGGUAUAUCGCAUUUCUUGUCGUUUUGGUCGGAUUUCUAGCAGCCAAAGCCACUUUUAGAGGCAUUGCGGAGAAUUAUCGGGAAUCAAUUUACAUUUUGAUGUCGAUCAUUGUAACGGUUCCGAUUUCUGUAAGUUGGAUUCUGGCAGGAUGGAUUUUGGAGGGUCGGGAACAAGAUGCAUGUGUAGCAUUUGGACUGGUUGCACAAAGUUUGACUAUUUUCCUCAUCAUGUUCAUGCCCAAGGGUCGUCAAUUGGCCGCAAUGGGGAAAGAUGGUGGAUAUGAGGAGGAGGACCAAUUUUCACGAUAUUCGCCAUCAUUUUUCCAUUUUAAACCAACCAACAAAAGUUGCAAAACUGCCGUAUUCGGGGAUGGCAAUUUGUACACAACUUUGGAACCUACCUUGUCAACCAUUAACCCAAAUGUGUUUUUCCAUCGAGCAGACUAUCAUUCAGGGAUGAUCUAUUGAAAAUAAGUAUGUAGUAAAUAGAAGAACGAACUUUAAUAUAAUUAAUGAUUUUGUAAAACAUCAUGGUUAAAUUUAAACAGCGACUGAUACAUACUUUUACGUAGUUAGAAACAUAAUUACAAUAUGUUAAAAAAAGUUGCGAAUAUAAAACUCAGGAAUAAUGAAUAUAUAAAUACAUUGAUAAUA